AUGAUGGGCGAAGAGCUUUCUGGCCUCAGUGUUAAAGAUUUACAGAAUCUGGAGAACCAAUUGGAAACGAGUCUUCGGGGUGUCCGAACGAAAAAGGACCAACUUUUAAUGGAUGAAAUACAAGAACUAAACAGAAAGGGGAACCUCAUUCACCAAGAAAAUGUCGAGCUGUAUAAGAAGGUAAACCUAACUCGUCAAGAAAACAUGGAAUUAUAUAAGAAGGUAUUGGAGAGGACUCACAUGGACCUGUCCAACUCCAGCUUAGCCAGCCACAGCAGCAAAACUGCGAGACAGCAGCAAGGGCUACAAAGCUGGGACUACAACUACAUUAGCAAAGAAGAUGCAUCAGAGUAG